ACCAGGUCGAAUUAAUUAGUAUAUUUUUGCCCUAAAUUGUACUUUUCACUUAGUAUUACCAGUCUUUUUUGUUCCACUCACCGGCCAUGGAAUCCGAGUCUCUGCAACGACGCCGUUCAAGCAGUGCCACCUGCAACAAUGCACCUGUCGGAGAGAAGAGGCCGAAACGCAGCGAGGUACUUGCCAAGAAGAAAACAGUUGAAGAACUCAUCAAAGCCGCCCGUGCACAAAAGGACCACCUCGCUCCUUUUCCAGAGUUUUGCCAUUUCCACGCAAAGGGUCUCUCUUUGUGUUUGAAGUCAGGACAUGGCAAUAAACUUUCCUCAACUGUUAAGACUUAUAUUCAGAGUCUCCUUAAGCUAAACAUGGAAGGACCGUAUGGAUCUGAGUGGCCAGAGGAAGAAAAGGUGAAGCGCAGAGAAAUGGUUGAUCAUGAAGCACAUUAUGUAUUUGUGCAUGAGGUUGCCAAUUCAAAUGCUGAUGAGAUGACAACAAUGCUUACUGCAGCAAAGACUUCAACUUGCUGUCUGAAGAAUAGUGGUCCCUUGGUUGGAUUUGUACAGUACCGCUUCGUGUUAGAAGAAGAGAUACCAGUGCUUUAUGUGUAUGAAUUACAGCUUGAGCCUCGUGUUCAGGGGAAGGGACUGGGGAAGUUUUUAAUGCAACUUCUAGAGUUUAUGGCGCAAAAGAACUGUAUGGGUGCUGUCAUGCUGACUGUUCAAAAGGCAAAUGUAUUAGCCGUGGAUUUCUAUAUAAGUAAGCUUAGAUACAUCAUAUCAGCCACUUCACCUUCAAAAGUCAACCCAAUGAUGAACAAGAGUUAUGAAAUUCUUUGCAAAGUAUUUAAUGAUGAAGCCAAAACUAUUUUUGGAGAUAGAGAAGAUGAAUAGGUGCGCAGUUAGAGAAGGAUGGCUGAAGUUGUUAGUCCCAUUCUCUUUACUGGACCAAUUGAGUGGCCUUCUUUAUUGGGUUCUUUUGUUUUUUUGUUUUUUGUCUUUCUUCUUCUCUUCUCUGUCCAUUUAGAAGAAUUUUCUUUUGCCCCAUUGUA